AUGGUGUUCACAUUGAGCAAGCAAAAUGCCCAGCAGCAUUGCCUCACCUGCUUGCUGAAAUUAGAUAUGGAGGAACAGCCAUCAAUGGCAGUGAACGCGGCCCAAGACCUCGAGCUGCAGGAAUUGUUGGCGCGGCACUUGGGUAUCACAAAGGAGCAGAUGACUGAGGCGAUGGUGCCACAGCAGGUGUGUGCGAUUUGCUAUAAUCAACUGCAGAGCUUUGAGAAGUUUCGCCGGCGUGCCUUCGAAUGCUAUGAACAGCUGCAAGCGGUACUAAGGAGUCACCCGGCUCAGGAAGAGGAGCCUGCCACAUUCGAAAUCGUUUACGAGCCCAUGGAAAUGACAGACGAGUGUGAAGGCAGAGCUGGCGCAAAUGCCGCUGACAAGUUAUAUGGCGAACUUGAGCCCGAGUCGGUGUUGGUGGAAACAUUGCCACCGGCCACACCCAUUGCAGACAGCUUGGAGUCGCCCGAUCCUUUUGAAGGUCCUGCGUACGCGUCUGAAGAUGCAGAGAAUGUAACACAAAAUACCAACCAAAGGACCGUUCGCUGCAGCCGGCAGCACAAGCGAUUGGACGCUGCCGGCACCAGUAAAGCUUCCAAAAACAUGUUCAAAUGCGCCCAAUGCCUACGUUGCUUCGCCCAUAAGAUGACCCUAAGCGCGCACAUACGAAAGGUGCACGAGGGCAGCAAGCGGCCUUUCCAAUGCGACCGCUGCGACAAGGCCUAUAGUUUUAUGGGCGGCCUCUACACGCAUAUCAAAGAAAUCCACGAGCCCGGCGAACGCCACUAUGCCUGCGACCAUCCGAAUUGCGGACGCAUUUACACUAGCUCCAUCUCCCUACAGAAUCACAAGCGACUGAAGCACAGCCCUACAAAGCCCUUCCAAAAAUAUGUGUGCGAAGAGUGCGGCGCCACAUUCAACCAAACGGCCAAUCUCAAGCAUCAUCGACGCACCAAGCACCCUACAGCUGAUGAGGCCGCACAACGUGCCAGUGAGAAUGAGAGGCACUACUGUGAGCUGUGCAAAAAGCAUUUCCACUCCCGCUACACACUCAAGUACCACAAUAUGCAGCAACAUUCGGGCGGGAAUAGGGAGCACCAUUGCCACAUCUGCGGCCGUAGCAUGGCCAAACGUUUCAUGCUCGUGCAGCACAUGCUGAUGCAUUCGGUGGAGAAGAUGCCUUGCGAGUACUGUGGCAAGCUCUUUGUGCGUCGUUUCGAGCUGGAGGCGCACAUUCGGGCCGUGCAUCUCAAACUGAAGCCAUAUGCCUGCAAAUAUUGUGAAGAGUCCUUUGCUUCUCGCAAAACUCUGCGCCAUCACGAAUAUAUACACACGGGUGAGAAACCCUAUGUCUGCGAUAUCUGUGGACAGGCCUAUCGCCAGCAAACAUGCCUCAAGAAUCAUCGCAAGACACAUGACAAGCAGCCACCGGAGCCAGAGCCGGUGCCCGAUCCGAAGCAGGUACUUCCAAAAGAGUUGAGCCAGUAGUUUUUAGUUUACAAGUUCACAGAAAAGCCUUUUUUUCGUCCUAUUUUUUUUAUACUUAGUUUAGGAAUAUACCAAGUUAAUCUUAA